CGCCUGGAAAAGACGUGUUCUAUGUUUCUUAGUCAACUGCUUACAACCAUGUUGAAGGGAGUGUUGAUUAUCCUUAUACUGGGCCUCGUGUAUUCAGUUAAAGACAUACAAGCAGGAUUUCUUAGCGAGCAACGAUGUACCUAUCGGCUUGAAAGGUUCUUGUCGGAUUGUUUUAGUUCCUUUGGCUUCUCAAGUACCAGCAGCUGGACACCUAACUUGGCCGCGCUUAUACCAUACUGCAGCGCUCCAGGUCGCGCAAAUGGCGACCACUGCGUGAAUGAGUUUCCAGAAACUUGUUCGUUGGCCUUCCUCAGGUCUUCUACGUUCCGAAGACGACAGCAACUUAUGUCUCGUGCCUUGGACUACAUGUGCUCUAACAUAGACGUGUUGGAGAACGACAUGGAUUGUGUGGUGGGCCAAAUGACGGAAAUACGUCGCUGUAGCGAGCAAUAUCCAGCACAAAUGGCUUCUAUAGAUCCGAACAUCACCAUGGAAUACGUUCCAGACAACACGGAAAGCCCUGAGCAGAUAUCUGCAAAGUGUUUUGUUGAUACUCUGAAGGAUAACUGUUCAUCGGCCGUGGCAGAAUUGAUCGGAAACUUUUUGCACGGAAUGGUGGUUUACCCGUACGAGAAUUAAUUACAAACUUUUUGCCAAACGGCCACUUAUUCCCUUAAUUGUCCAAGAUCUGUUUGCAAUAAACACUUAACGUGGUGCAUUCUUAGGUAGUGCCUCUUCUGUUACACAAUGUCAGUGACUUCAAAUUUUCUCAUCUUAUGGAAGCCGGUAAGGCCAUCGUUCCAUCGUGAUAUCGCCGGUGAUGGGAGGACGGGAUGCGCUGUACCAAACUAUACUUCCAUCUGCAAUUGCAUGCACCCCAAUAUUUCCAAUAUGGAAAUAGGUGAAUAAAGUUUAAGUGAUGUGACAUUUACCAUAAUUGUUGUGUGACAUAUUCAAUCUCAGGUUUCAAUUUCAAACAUUUUCACCUUUUUUUUCUCAAACCGGUCUUGAAAUAACAAGGUUCGUCAUCUCUUCAAAACAGCUGGUUAUAUUUAUAAUGAGUCUGAUGUUUUUAGUUAAAUGCAUUUGUGAGGAUAUUAAGUUGACGUUGCGAGGUCUGAGUUUAGUAUUCCACAUCAUUGUCAUUUAUAUCGAUAAGAUUUAUCUAAUUAUAUACCUUUCUCCUUCGAUUUUCUCCACAAACGUCAAUUUUUUCCCGAAAAUAAAGCUUUAUCAGUUUAUUUCAUGUUUCUCCAACUUUCUCCUAUUGAGUGCAGUCUUUAGGAUACGUACUGGAUGCAGUCUUUGGGAUACGUAUUGGGUACAGUCUUUGGGAUACGUAUUGGGUGCAGUCUUUGGGAUAUGUAUUGGGUACAGUCCUUUGGCGUUUGAC